GCAUUGAAAAUGGCGUCUUUCUAUUGUUUGUUGAAUGUGUCGUAAUUUUGUUGAAAAAUAUAAUUUAGUGUAAAAACUACGAAAUUCUGUUGAUCAUAUUGUAGUUUCUAAAGUCGUUAUCAUAUCCUGUUAUUAAUAGUAUCGAAGUCGCGAUCACUACAGCAGGGAGAUAUGUCGUGGCGAGGGAGAGACGAGCGCGGAGUGUCGCGCUGGGGAGAGGAGGGCCGCUGGGCGGAGCGCCCGCGCUCGCCCGUGUGGGAGCCGCGCCGCAGCCCCGACCAGGAGCGCCGGGAGCGCCACGAGCGCCGCUACGACCGCGAGCGGGACCGCGAACGUGACGACCGCGACCGCCGGGACCGCUACGACCGCGAAGAGCGCCCUGACCGCUUCGAUCGCGCUGACCGCCCCGACCGCGACGCAGACAGGUUCCGCAACCGCGAGCGAUACGACCGCUCCCGUGAACGCGAUCGAGACCGCGAGCGCGACCGAGACCGCGAGCGUGACUGGGAGCGGGAGCGCCGUCGCUCCCCGCGCCGCUACGAGGAGCGCGAGAUACCGUCCGCGCCCUCGCCGCCCAAGAUCAGCAGUGAGCCCGAGCGUAAGUCCGACUCCCACUCCAGCAGCCGCUCCAACAGCCGCGAGCGCCAGGACGACUACGAUAGGGACCGCGACAAACAUGAAGACAACCAGUCGUCCGUUAACGCCUCUCCAGGAGACUGGUUCUGCAAGUGCGGCUCAUACAAUUUUAAACGUCGACAGAUAUGUUACAGACGCAACUGUCAGGGGAAGAGGUCCGAAGGAGUUGUGUAUGGUGGUGACGGAGAAAGAAACACUACGCUGGAUGGCAGUUCCGGUAUCACGAAACGUCUGCUGUUCAGGCGACUAGACGCUCUGACCACCGAAGAAAAAAUUUUGGAAGCAAUCAAGGAGAGAUGUUCCAAAUCGAUUUUAGAUUCGAUCGCCGGCAUAACUAUAGGGCGAGAGACCCUGACCGGAGCGUCUAAAUGCUUAGCUUACAUUAAUUUUAAUUCUAUAGCCGACUCCACAGCUGCACAUUCCGAACUGUUAUCGCUAAACCCACCGUUAGAAAUAGACGGGAGAGAUGUUUUAAUCUCCUUCUACAAUGAACCACAGAAAAUACAUAAGAAUAUGUCUAUAGGCGCAGCAGAUUAUUCCACUUAUUAUGCUCAGAUGCAGAGUUACAAUACGACGGCGCAAGCCAUAUCGGAGGCGGACCGCGUGAACGCGGCGGCGGCGGUGGCGCAGUCGGCCAUCUCGGCGGCCGCGGCGCGCCACCUGGCGUGGACGCCCGUGGCCGCGCCCGCCUUCGUCACCUCCGCCGCGCAGACCGUGCCCGCCGGCAAUGUGCCCACCGGCGACGGGAAAACCAUAUACGCGGCCCCCGACGUGCGGACGUUCAUGUACGACGAGACCUCCGGCUACUACUAUGAUCCCGCUACGGGCUUGUAUUACGACGGCAACACACAAUACUUCUAUAAUAGUCAGACGAACCAAUACAUGUACUGGGAUGCGACCAACUCUACUUACAUAGCCGCCACCCAGGCGCAGCAGAAUACCGAACAGCCUAAACUACCUAACCCCCCGCAAGCCACGGUCGAGAACACCAUAGUGAAGGAACCUGAGGAGAAGAAAAAGAAAGAAAAGGAGGACAAAGUGAAAGUGGCUAAAAAGAUAGCGAAGGAUAUGGAGAGAUGGGCGCGGACCCUUAAUCAGAAGAAAGAGAAUGCUCGAAGUAAUAUUGUAAUGGAACAACCCUUGGACACGGGGGCCAGUAAAGGUUCAGCAGAUAUAGGCUUCUCGGUUUUAGGUGCCGGCCCGUCAGCCGUGCCGACGUGCCACGUCAGGGAGAUAUCCCCGCCCCCGGUAGGGGACGACUUCUUGAUGAAAAAGACAAAUGAGCAGGUGCCUAUAGAUUCCGAUGAGGGUAUCAUAGACUGGGUGAAGUUGACCUGCCUGUUGUGUAAGCGACGCUUCCCGUCUGUGGAGGUUUUGACUAAGCAUAAAACCUUGUCAGAUUUACAUAAACAAAAUUUGGUUGAACAUAGGAAAAGUAUGGAGUUGUUGCCUCAGACUAAUGGGUAUAGAGACAGGGCAGCAGAGCGGAGGAUGAAGUUUGGUGAGGACGAGCCUAUUGUACGGAAGCGGUAUGAGCCGUCGGAGGUGAUGCCGUCGCCGCUGCCGCCGUCCGCGCCGCCGCCGAACGUGGUGGACACCAUCGGAGGGAAGAUGUUGCAGAAGAUGGGCUGGUCGGAGGGCAGGGGGCUCGGUAAGACGGAGCAGGGCAGGAUAGCGCCCAUAGAAGCUGAACAGAGGCCCGCGCUGGUUGGGCUCGGGCAGAAGCGAGGCAUCUACACCCCCACCCCCGGAGAGACAUACAGAGACACUGUCAAGAAGCUCAUGAUCGCUAGAUAUAAGGAGGUGGUCGGGCAGGAGGAAGGGAACAAAUAGGUGGGUAUUGUUUUAUCUACUUACUCCACUAAUGUUUGUUUUGCAGGUUGGAAACUAACAGGUCAGUUAAAUUUUUAUUAUUAUUAUUAGUUAUAAAAGUAUAGAAAUAAUAAUUAUAAUGUGACUAUCAGGCACUAUCAGCUUACUAUUAUCUUCAAAUAUCUCAAGAGUAAGGAUGUGUAAGAAUCAAAAAUAAAUUACAGAAUCAAAUUCAUUACAAUAAUGCUUUAUCAACUAUUGUAUCUUCAUAGUCACAGGCACACAAGUCUCGUCCAUAAUCCAUCCAACAACUAUACAAAUAAUGCUAAACAACUUGUUAGGUAUUCCAACUUGUUAUUUUGUUCUGCAACAAGAUAUUUUCAGUCUUGAUUUUUUAUUUAAUAACUAAAGAAACAAAGUUAUGAUUAAGGGAUAUUACAAGUGGGAAAUUCUUACAUGGGUCUAAAAGCCAAUUUGAAACGAAAAAAAGGAUAAAGCACAUCAAAAGUGGCUGGAAUAUAUAGCAUUGUACAUGUUUGUCUAAUGGUUUGAUUCUGAUUUCACUACAAUAGAUGUGGCCGCCACAUCGCGUUGAGGCCUGCCCUAACAUCCGACACGCAAGCGGUAAGUAGCUGACAGUUUCUACUGAUACUAACUAUUCUCUUCGCAGCUGGUAACAGGUAAAAGUUAUGACAAUAGUUCACAGGAUCUUCGGCGACUCCGCUAUACAUGGAUAGUAGAUGGUGCAAAUAAAAAUUCAAUAAUUUAUUUUUAUGAUGAAUCUCAAACAUUUUAUUUAAGAGUACUUUUCUUCUUUCUAUUAUUGAAUACAGGCCCGGCGACAGACAAUGCUGAUUGUAACUAUGAUUUCCGUGUAGGCUCUAUCUUCGUACUUUUAUAAGGGGCCCCCUAAAAGUCUAGGGCCGCUUAAGACAGGUUCCAUAGCCCCCAUCUGUCGCUGGGUCUGAUAGAAUCUUUCCAUUCGAUUUUUUCAAUGUGUUCUUACAGCAUAUCCCCAUUCAAUAACAAAUAUACUUGAUAGAGCAAGAUAUUUUGAGGGGCUGUAGGAUAUUUAGGUUUUUAGCAUUUUAGCUGCAGGAAAAAAUGAGAAGCUAAGAAGCAUGGGACUUGUGGAACAAGCGAGCUGUGUAAACUGUGAUAUUUAGUGUUGUGACAGACGAACGGUGUUGUCCUGCAAGGAUGUUUACUGACGAAUGUGACCAUUUACUUACAGACCCCGCCCAGCGACCGACGCGUGCCAAACGUUUAAAAUACUGUACAUAAAUAUUAGAUAUAUACGUAACUGGUACCAAGUACACACGUAUCGGGAUCCGUAGCUAGGGUCAUGGGCAACCAAGAGACCUACCAUGAACUUAUUACCCCGUAGGUCGCCAAGUUAACAGAAAAUGACAAAGUAAGGAAACGAGAACAACUUAUCCUAAGUUUAUAUAUUUUGUCACCUUUUUUGAACAGAGCAAUUCUGUUGAUGGUAGGUCUUUAAAGAGAUUCUGAUAUUGUGCCUCCGAAUCUAAUUAAAAAAAUAAGGUUUGAAUGAGCCUGGUUUGCCUGUGUGUCGCCAGCCCCUAGCUAUGGGUUCUAGUUAUAUAAUUGCUACUUAGAAGAAGUGACUUUCUCAGUAAUGAUUUUUGAUAAAUUGCUCAUUGAGUACACUGUAUAUAGACUUUCAAAAAUAACGAGUAUCUAGAGAAGCUUAUAAUUAGUAUUUUAUUUUUCAGUACUUAGAUAGGUAUGAAUGUAACUUAAUUAUCUUUGUUGCUCUCCUGAGCUUUAAAUAAUUAUUAUGUAGAAUACAUUACAUGCGUGGUUGGUUUCAUAAGAUUAUAUUUUAAAUAUAUUUUUUUAUUACAUUAAAUAAGUAGGUAACUUUAUUUAGUGCAGAAAAAUCAAUCAAGGCUUAACGCUUUUCCGUCUAAACAUUUUAGUUUAAUAUAAUUUAAACUUACCGAGAAGUAUGAUAAUGAAGAUCAAAUUAUUUUUGCAUUUAUUUUAAAAUUAAAAUGCUCGUUAAGCAAUGAAUUAGGUAGUAUUUUGAUAUAAAAGUAAAGGUAAUGUAGGUAGCCGUUAGCAUGGCGUGACCCUUAGAAUCUAGUAUAAUUAGGAUAGAUUAAAUAACGUGUACAUAGUCUGAAAAAAAAAUCAUGAAUAUUUCCAUUAGCAAGUAAAGGACUCAUUCCUGCGACGAAAUAUUUAUUGUAUAGGGUCCAACAAACGUAACAUGCUUAGGGUGGUAUUAAUAAACUUAGCGGAGACUGCCCUCAAGGUCAUCAAGUCCCUGUUUUUAUAUAAGAACUGUCACAUUGACAUGAUCUUGAGGGCAGUCUCGAAGCUGAGAUUAGUCUGUUUAUUAAUACCACCCUUAGAAUUGGUCUAUUCCACUAUAAUCACCGACGAAAAUUAUCAACUAGAAAAUUGACAAGGUUUUGUUUGCUGUUUUUCUUAAUAAUGCAUCAAACUAUUUUCAUUUAUUAAAUAGAUAAAAUACUGAAAUAUUCCGGUGAUUUAAGGACGCCGAAGUGAAGUGACGGUGACUAGAGUUGUACCGUGUAACUGUCCCGCGUGUGUAGAUAAUAAAUUCGUUUUCCCUUGGACUUAGUGAAGGUAAACAUGUAUCAAACAAUUUUCAAUAAUUACCGGACGUUAACAAGGGAGGAGUUAUUUCUUAAGAUCCGACCGAAAUAAUAGUUUUAAUUGGAGUCGCCUAAGUGACAAUUUUCGCGGGUGACCAAACGACACUAAACUGUCGCCGAUGGUCACCUGGGGUGAGAUAUAGUACGUACGUCUCUAUCGCACUAACGGUAUACAGAUUAGUGCGAUUUUGUCGUUUCAUUAAAGUUAUGUUUGUUGGACCAUUGAUUUGUCAUAACGAAAUCCUUACACAAAAAUAUGCAAUAUGCCAUCAGCUAUGUAACAGGUAACCCCUAGAUGAUUGUCAAUGAUCAGAAAUAUAUUUUAAUACAAAUAUUCUGUAAAUAUGUUAAUUUAUUGAAGUCAAAUGCUCAAGUUUGAAGUUUAUUGUUAGCCCUUGCAUUACUUUAGAGGACGGAUGAAUGUAGCUACUUUACAAGACUUUAAUGUAACUACUUUGUUAAUAUAAUUUGUCUAUAAUUAA